AUGGAAUUAGGAAAAAGAAACCUAGCAGCCUCCAUAUUGGAUCCCCUCCUUCUCGUCAAACUGCAAGCCGCUUUUCCCUCCGUCUACCGAGACCAUACACAACUCCACCUGAAACCUCCUUAACCCCAGGCCUUUCCUCACUUCAGCGGCGUGGACAACCCGACGUUCUUUCUUGCAAACAUUUACUUCCCCUGUCCAACUCCAACGUUUAAGGGAAAAUGAUAUCUGCGGUUUCAUGGGUUCCUAAAGGGGUCUGUAAGCCUCUUCCAGACCUUGCCGAUCCUCCCUCCCAGGAGACUAUUGAUCAACUCCUCAAGAGCAACCAAGUCGUUGAGGAUUCUAGUAAACAUAGUGAUGAUGAGGCAGAUGAAGAAGAUAUGGAUGUUGAAGACGCCAAUGAUGAAGAGAUUGCCAAUGCACUAGCUGUUGCACAAGCACUUGGAAAAUCUUCUGAGACCAGGAAUCUAGAAACCAAAUAUGACGAUAUUGCUGAAGAGUUGAAGGAACUCGACAUGGACAAUUAUGAUAAUGAAGAUGAUGAGAUUGAGCUGUUUACCUCUGGAGCUGGAGACGUUUACUAUCCAUCUAACGACAUGGACCCAUAUCUCCAGGACAAGGAUGGUGAUGACUCUGAAGAUAUUGAGGAUGAAACCAUCAAACCGACAGAUGCUGUCAUAAUUUGUGCAUGUAGUGAAGACAACGUCAGUGCUCUCCAGGUAUGGAUAUGUGAAGGAUAUGGUGUAGGUGAUCCAAACUUCUACAUUCACCGUGAUAUAAUUAUUCCAGCAUUUCCUCUUUGCACAGCUUGGCUAGAUUGUCCUCUGAAGGGUGGAGAAAGAGGGAACUUUAUCGCAGUUGGUUCGAUGGAACCUUCGAUCGAGAUAUGGGACCUUGACGUUAUUGACGAGGUGCAACCAUGUGCCGUGUUAGGUGGAAUUGUUGAAAAGAAGAAGAAGAAGAAGAAGGGAAAGAAAACGUCAGUUACAUACAAAGAGAACAGUCACACGGAUUCCGUACUUGGACUUGCUUGGAACAAGGAAUUCAGGAAUAUACUUGCUAGUGCAAGUGCUGAUAAGCAAGUCAAGAUUUGGGACGUAUCUACUGGACAAUGUAAUAUAACUAUGCAGCAUCAUAUAGACAAGGUUCAAGCUGUUGCAUGGAAUCAUCAUUCGUCACAAGUACUCCUUAGUGGAUCUUUUGAUCAUUCAGUAGUUUUGAAAGAUGGGAGAAAUCCUUCCCAUUCAGGCUACAAGUGGCAAGUUACAGCAGAUGUUGAGAACUUGGCAUGGGAUCCGCAUACAGAGCACAUGUUUGUGGUGAGUCUAGAGGAUGGUACAGUGAAAGGUUUUGAUAUCCGGAAUGCCACUACAGAGAGUAGUUCUGAAUCCAAAGCUAGUUUUACUCUCCAUGCGCAUGAGAAAGCUGUUUGCUCAGUUUCUUACAGUCCUUCAGCACCUAAUCUACUUGCUACUGGAUCUACUGAUAAAAUGGUUAAAUUAUGGGACUUGUCCAAUAAUGAGCCUUCAUGUCUGGCAUCCACCAAUCCUAAAGCUGGAGCUGUGUUUUCGGUUUCCUUCUCAGAAGAUUGCCCCUUUUUGCUGGCUAUUGGAGGCUCCAAGGGAAAAUUGGAGGUUUGGGAUACAUUAACUGAUGCUGCAGUGUCUCGAAAGUAUGGAAAUUAUAGUCAGCAGAGAUCUUAAGUUAUUAAGCUAACGAGUUAUGAUAAAAAUAUAGAUGAGAAAUGUUUGGUUGUGUAGGCUAUAGGUAGUUUUUGGAUUCUCUUUUCGAACAAACUUGGGCUUUGCCCUUUAAGUUUUGUAUUUGUUUUGAGUUGUCACUUUUCAAACCCCUGCAUUUUUUUCGUGGCAGGGUAUAAUACCUAAAAACUUGUUGAGUAUAUUCUCUUACCCCUCCAUCCACAAAGAAAUGUUUAUUAUAUAUAUAUAUAUAUAUUGUAAAGGUUAGUGAGUCCUUGGAGCUCAUGAUUAAUGCCA